GGGGGCCAUCUAUUGCGCGUUGCUUUCCCCCCUACCCCCUUCUCUGCUCUCGCGCGUCCUGCUCCCCUCUCCCGCGCCGUUGCUGAUCCCCUCUACUCCCUGCGCACAUCCUGCUCUACUCUCUCUCGCUGCUGCUCCCCUCCUCUCCCUGCACCCGCCCUGCUACACUCUCUCGCGCCAGUGCUCCUCCCCUCCUCUCCCCGCGCUCCGCCUGUCGUGGGUCUCUCCUGCAACUGCUCAGGUGGAGCAAUUAUGGAGCAGAGACUUGCAAAUACGUGGCAUAUGACUGUGAAUGAAAAGAAGUUCAUUGAGACUGCCCUUGCUUCAGACCUAAGAAUCGAUGGUCGUCGCCCCUUCGAUUACCGCCGAUUGUCGAUCAAGUUCGGGAGGAAUGAUGGUACGGCUGAGGUGCAGCUUGGUCAAACACAUGUAAUGGCCUUUGUGACUGCUCAAUUGGUCCAACCUUAUCGAGAUAGACCAAAUGAAGGGACACUUUCUGUAUUUACUGAAUUCUCUCCAAUGGCAGAUCCUUCAUUUGAACCAGGGCGUCCUGGAGAAGCUUCUGUGGAACUAGCCCGAGUAAUUGAUCGUGGCCUUAGGGAAAGUAGGGCUGUGGAUACAGAAUCAUUAUGUGUGCUUGCUGGGAGAUCAGUGUGGGCAAUCCGUGUUGACCUUCAUAUUCUAGAUAAUGGAGGGAAUCUUGUUGAUGCUGUAAAUAUUGCUGCUUUAUCUGCUCUUUCAACAUUUCGAAGGCCUGAAUGCACUCUGGGUGGAGAGGAUGACCAAGAAGUUAUUAUACACCCGCCUGAGGUGAGGGAGCCAAUUCCACUGAGAGUCCAUCAUCUUCCUAUAGCUGUUACUUUUGGUUUUUUUGGUGAUGGAGAACUUGUGCUUUCACUGGUACAGGUUAUAGAUCCAACAUACAAGGAGGAGGCUGUUAUGGGAGGAAGAAUGACUGUCACAAUAAAUGCAAAUGGUGAUGUCUGUGCCAUCCAAAAGGCUGGAGGACAGGGUGUCUUACAGAGUGAAAUAAUGCAGUGCAUGCGUAUAGCUUCUGUAAAAUCUGUUGAUAUCACAAACAAAAUAAAAAAUGCUGUGGAAGCAUACAAUGUGGAAAGGGCUAAAAGAAAGAUAAAGCGCCAUUCAGAUCUGGAUGUACACGUUAAUGUGGAUGUUAAAAUGACCGAGGUGAAUGAUGUUUCUAUUAAAAUGGAGUCUGGUAUCUUAUCAGGACACCAGGAAGUAGUUAAAGAAGAGCAUAAAAGUCAAUCAACUACUGUAAUUGAUGGUCAUGUUGCAAUUGAAAGUGGAUCUGUUGAACAGGUGAAACUGAAAAAAGUGAAUCUAUUUACUGGUGGAACAUCAAGUUGGGAUCCUUAUUCAGAGGGGAUUAAUUCUUCAAGAUUACUGAGUUCAUCGGCAUUACAUGAUUCUUUCCUUCAUAGUAAACGAGAAAAAGAUCUAGUUGGGAUUGAUGGCCCUGAUGGAUCCCAAUUUGAGGAAAAAAUUGUAGAUGUAGACAUGAAAGAUUCUCACAAGCAUGAAGAAACAGCAGUACAACUUCCCGUGGCCCAGAAGCUAAGCCUGGCAGAUGCUGUGAAGGUGAAACAAAAGAAGAAGAAACUUUCCUCUGCUAAUGCUGGAAGCUGACUGAUGUUUACCUUCAUUAGCCACAGAGGCAUGAUUUUUAAGGUUGGUUCCACUAAAGUUGGUUAGGAGUGGUAGCAUCUUUCCUGCCGGUGCUACAGUUUUAAGAAUAUGCGUGGAAAGAAUUUGUUGGCGAUGGCUUCGCUUUACUGGACUAUCUUUGCAAUUAACCUAAGCAUCAAAGACUGAGGAUUGUGCUGAGUUGCAAGAUUGGUAUGAAGAAUUUGGACCAUUCCUUAGAAGUCUGCUUUCGUCCAGCAGGUUCUUGUUCUGCAGGUGAAUUUUCUUCAAACUCCAGUUUUGGUCUAGAGUGGUGAGAUAAUCAAGAGAAAAGGAAUUUCAUGCUACUAGUACAAAGGCAGGAAUUGGUUUCAGUUUUAACCCAAAACAUCGAGAUCCCAGAGGAAGUGAUAGUAUAGUUUUACUUGUGCGGGCUCCAGGGCACGUUUUGAAUCUCAGCGGCUAAGUGGGAGGAUCAAGUUUUUCUGUUGUUUAUUAUUUUUUGAAGCUUACAAAGAUUGUAUAAAUUCGCCGUUGUAUUGUUAAAUAGAUGCAUAAGAGUUGGUGCACGCUUA